GUGGUCGCCAGUUGUUUUGGGUUGAGGGCGGAAGUCGAAGUCGCUGCGCGGCGGUCGGAGGAUGGACGCCGGUGGUCGCAACUGGAAGCUAGGGUUGCCGGCUCCGUCGGAUUUGCAGAAGAGAGUUCGCUGUGGAGGUCGGAGCUCGUAGAGUUGAGCUCGUGGCGGAGGAGAGUGAGAGAGAGACUCGUCAGGGUUGUGCGUCGCCGGAACUUGAAACUUGGAGCUCAAAGUCGCCGGAAUCUGCUGGCAGAUGGAAGCUCGCGACGGGGUGGUGAAGGAGGUGACGG